CACCGGGACACCCUGCAGGGGCACGGGGAUGCUGCUUUUCCUCUGAUGGCUCCAUGAUUUCCCAGGAGCUGAGGGCCCCCCGUGUGCCCCUGCUGUGCUUCAGGACGAGGGCUCUGUGGUUGCUGCAGCAUGGUCCAAGCCUGCUUGGUGUGCUCCAGAGUUCAUAAGGGCAGCCUGGCAGCCCAGGCAGCUGCAGCCAACAUGGACAAGGCGGACAAGCCCAGCCCCUCUGCCAAGAAGCACGUGCGGCUCCAGGAGAGGAGGGGCUCCAAUGUCUCACUAGUGCUGGACAUGAGCUCUCUAGGGAAUGUGGAGCCCAUCCAGCCUGUCUGCACACCACGGGACAUCACCCUGAAGUUUCUGAGGACAUCCAGCCACGUGCUGAAGAAACAGGAGCUCCAGCAGCAGGCCCAGAACCUGGCACAGCUCCAGGAGGAGUUUUCGAAAAUCCCACCCAACUUCGUGAGUCCGGAGGAGCUGGAAAUCCCUGGACGUGCUCUCAAGGACAGAUACAAAACCAUUCUCCCCAAUCCUGAGAGCCGGGUCUGCCUCAGGAGGGCUGGAAGCCAGGAGGAAGACAGCUACAUCAAUGCCAACUACAUCACAGGCUAUGCAGGACGGCCCCGGGAGUACAUUGCCACCCAGGGACCCAUGCUGAACACCGUGACUGACUUCUGGGAGAUGGUAUGGCAGGAGGAGGCUCCUCUCAUCGUCAUGAUCACCGAGCUCCAGGAGAGCAAGGAGAAAUGUGUCCACUACUGGCCCGAGAAGGAGGGCACCUAUGGCCCCUUCACCAUCCGUGUGCAGGGGGUGAGCGAGUCUGUGGAGUACGUGGUGCGGGAUCUCUCCAUCCAGCUUGGAAAGGAACGCCGCAAAGUCAAACACAUCCUGUUCCCUUCCUGGCCUGACCAGCAAACACCCGAGUCAGCCAAGCCCCUGCUGCACCUGGUGUCCAAGGUGGACGAGGCUCUGCAGACUGCAGCCAGCCCAGGGCCCAUCGUGGUGCACUGCAGUGCUGGCAUUGGCCGCACCGGCUCCUUCAUUGCCACCAGGAUCGGGUGCCAGCAGCUGCAGGCCAAGGGCGAGGUGGAUAUCCUGGGAAUUGUGUGCCACCUCCGCAUCGACAGAGGUGGGAUGAUCCAGACGAGCGAGCAGUACCAGUUCCUCCAUCACACACUAGCUCUCUACGCCUCCCAGCUGCCAGAGGGGGGAGGCUGCUAGUGCAGGGCUCCCACCGGGCUUGUGGCUCCCUGCUCUGACCUCUCCUGCACCAGCCUCGGGGACACCUUCACCAAAACCUCUCCUGAUGCUGCCAGGCCACAGAGCAGCAGUGUGAACAUCCCUGGGGAUGAGUACAGCUGAGCCAGCCCACAGGGACUGUGCCUUUGGACCAUGGGCAUGAGCAAGGUGAGGUGGUGCAGUGGGUGCUCGAGGUAGCCACUGCUGCUGGCUCCAGACAGAUUCCAUCCAUAGAAAGAAGCUUUGGCUUGUGAGAGGUGCAAGAUCCUGGACCAGAAGAGCAAGCAGUGCAGAGGAACUGCAGCUGGUAGAUGCCAGGAGCGUGGUUUGCCUUUCAGCUGCACACAAAUGUUCACCCCGUUAGACACAGCGCUGCUGGAACUACCCUGAAAUAAACGGAGCCUCUGUCCUGGCUGUGCAUCCUUUGUGGGCAGGGCUGGGCUUGCUCCAAACAUGCA